UUGCUCAUAUAUCAUAUUGUUAAUUUUCUUAGAAGAUAAUGUUUCAAAUAUAAUAAAUAUUGGUUUUCUAGUUUGCACAGGUUACCAAGAUGAGCCACAUGGUAAAACACAAUCACACGGCAGUGACCAAGGUGACUGAAUUUAUUCUCAUGGGGAUUACAGACAACCCUGGGCUGCAGGCUCCACUGUUUGGACUCUUCCUCAUCAUAUAUUUGGUCACAGUGAUAGGUAAUCUGGGCAUGGUUAUCUUGACCUACUUGGACUCCAAGCUACACACCUCCAUGUACUUUUUCCUCAGACAUUUGUCAAUUACUGAUCUUGGUUACUCCACUGUCAUUGCCCCGAAGAUGUUAGAAAACUUCAUAGUGCACAAAAAUACAAUUUCUUACAAUUGGUGUGCCACUCAGCUAGCAUUCUUUGAGAUUUUCAUCAUCUCUGAGCUCUUUAUUCUAUCAGCAAUGGCCUAUGAUCGCUACGUAGCCAUCUGUAAACCUCUUCUGUAUGUGAUCAUCAUGGCAGAGAAAGUACUUUGGGUGCUGGUAAUUGUUCCCUAUCUCUAUAGCACGUUUGUGUCACUAUUUCUCACAAUUAAGUUAUUUAAACUGUCCUUCUGUGGCUCAAACAUAAUCAGCUAUUUUUACUGUGACUGUAUCCCUCUGAUGUCCAUACUCUGUUCUGACACAAAUGAAUUAGAAUUAAUCAUUUUGAUCUUCUCCGGCUGUAAUUUGCUCUUCUCCCUCUCAAUUGUUCUCAUAUCCUACACGUUUAUUCUAGUGGCCAUUCUCAGAAUGAACUCAAGGGAAGGGAGGUACAAAGCCUUCUCCACCUGUAGCUCUCAUCUGACAGUGGUGAUCGUGUUCUAUGGGACAUUGUUAUUUAUUUACUUGCAACCCAAGUCCAGUCAUACUUUGGCUAUUGAUAAAAUGGCCUCGGUGUUUUACACCCUGGUGAUUCCUAUGCUGAAUCCAUUGAUCUACAGCCUAAGGAACAAAGAAGUAAAAGAUGCUCUAAAGAGAACUUUAACCAAUCGAUUCAAAAUUCCCACUUAAUAUCUUAAUACUCAAUUGCAUAGUUGA